GCUGCAUAGCGGCCUUACACUCAUUAAAAGAAGUUUUACUCGCAGACUCACCAUUUCGAAGAACGUAUUACUCAUUGAAUAUCCCCACCUUGACAGCAAAAGCUUGCAUAUCAAGUCUAUGUAAAACAAACCAACAUGACAACCGACCAAGGAAAGGCCAAAUACAUUGCCAUCCUCGGCGCAACAGGGAAUCAAGGGGGUGGUGUUGUACGAGCACUUCUCGCAAAGGCCGAACCAUGUUUCCACGUUCGCGCCAUCACUCGCGACGUUUCUUCCCCUGCAGCGCAGAGGUUUCAGGCGAAGUACAAGGACAGUGGUAGACUCGAGAUGGUCGCUGCUGAUGUUUACGACAAACAAUCCCUAAUUGAGGCGUUCAAAAAUGCUUAUGGGGUGUUUGCUGUGACGAAUAACCGGAUCCCCGGGAAGAAGAUCGAAAAAGAGCAGGAUAUGGAUCAUGAACUGAUGGCUGGGAGGAAUAUUAUUGAUGCGGCGAAGGCUUGCAAUGCGCAGCACUUCGUAAUGAGCAGUUUGCCCAACAUAACGGACGCGAGUAAAGGCCGCUUUACUAAGGUUUUCCAUUUUGACAACAAGUAUAAGAUUGAGCAGUGGGCUCGGAAUGAACUCCCUGCCGUGACGGCUUUACAUCCUGGUUUGUUCUACACAAACAUGCAAUGGUCCCAGUAUUGCCAGCGCCAAGACGAUGGAACAGUCCGGUUUUGCGCCCCAAUAGAUGGGAACAAACUAGCUGAUUGGGUUGAUCCAAGCUAUGAUAUUGGCGUAUAUGCUGCAGAGAUAUUUUCCCUGGGACCGGAGAAGACAUCAUCAAAAACGUAUCCUGUUGUUGGACCAAAACUCUCAUUUGCUGACUUUGCGAGAGUGUUCAGAGAGAUUACUUCACAAGAAGCUACCUUCGACCCGAUAACAUUGGAUCAAUGGGGCGCCACUGUCGCAGCGACUGUUGGCAAAGGAUAUGAAGAAGAUAUAAAACAGAUGAUGGAAUGGAUCUCUGUGGCCCCAGAUGACAAGAUCUGUUACGGAACAAUGGAUCGAAGUGAGGAUAGAUCCUAUGAAGAUCUUGGCGUUAAGGCCAGUACUUUGGAGGAUUGGAUGCGAAGGACUGCAUGGCAAGGGCCACAGUAGCUUUUUGAUUACUCUGUUAUGAUGUGGUAUCUGUUCAUUGAUAUCGGGAAGAAUGGGAUCUAAUGGAGGCCGAGGUGUAUGCAGCCUCUCCUUAC